CCAACAGAAUGUGUUGGUUCUGCGCGUGCGCGGGCGCGUGGCCUUGGCUCCUCGUAAAUGUGCUACACGUGCUCACGUCUACUCAUUGUAACCUUUGAAGCUUCUUGUGCAACCAAUGCAGAUGGGGGAAAAAAUGCUGCUUCAGUCUUUGGAAUAAGUCGGAUCGGGCUACGCGCUGUCUUCCUCCUCGUCCUUCACGCACCUGCAGGACAAGAUGAAGGCAGAGUACGAUUUGGAGAAAACUAACCACGACUUUGGUAUCGAAGGAAACGACAAUGUCGGCAGAAAAACUCGCCGUUCGCUGUUUGGGAAGUACAAGCAGAGCCUUGAGACCCUCAAACCUUUCCGCUGGACCUCGAAGCAUCCCCAUCCCGUGGAUAAUGCGGGGUUCCUGUCCUUCGCCACCUUCUCGUGGAUGACCUCCAUGAUGUGGGCCGUUUUCCGGAACAGGCUGGACACGAAUACCAUCAUGAUGUCUCCUUUGGAUAAGGCUGGUGAAAGCACCAACAGGCUGCAGAGACUCUGGGAGGAGGAAGUAGCAAAGUCGGGUCUGGAAAAGGCAUCUAUGGUCCGAGUCAUUCUACGUUUCCAAAAAAACAGGCUCAUUUUCUCCAUCGUGGCCGGGGUCAUCGCCAUGGUGGCAGCCUUUCUGGGUCCGGCUGUUGUGAUAUACCUGCUGCUGGAUUACGUAGCCAACCCUUCGAAGUCAACCCGGGUGCACGGCAUCGGCCUCUGCUUUGCUCUGUUCUCAAGCGAGUUCUGCAAGGGCUUUUUCAUGUCGCUGCUGUGGGCCAUCAACCUGCGCACCGCCGUCCGGCUGAAGGGGGCCUUUAGCACCAUGGCCUACAUAAAGGUCAUCUCGCUGCGGGUGCACAGUGGCAUCUCCAUGGGAGAGAUCAUUAACGUCCUGACGAACGACGGCCACAAGAUGUUUGAGGCGGUGGUGUUCGGCAGCUUCGUGGUAUCGGCCCCGAUACUCUUCGUUAUCUGCAUCGUCUACGCCAGCUACAUCCUGGGCGUGACAGCGCUGUUUGGUGUCGGGAUCUAUCUGGUCUUCAUCCCAGUUCAGUUUUGUAUGGCCAAACUCAUCAACAAGUUCCGACACAAAGCCAUCUUGAUGACGGACAGUCGCGUUCGCACCAUGAACGAGAUCCUCAACAGCAUCAAGCUCAUCAAGAUGUACGCCUGGGAAGAAUCUUUUGAGAAGAAAAUCACAGAGUUAAGGCAAAGCGAGAAGAAAUAUCUGCGCAUAGCCAGUUAUAUCCAGAACAGCAACAACAGCAUCACCAGCAUCAUCCCCACCCUGGCCACCGUGGCCACCUUCAUGCUACACAGCUUGUUGGGCUGGCAGCUCGACAUCACCGAGGCCUUCACAGUCAUCGCCAUCUUCAACGCCUUGCGCUUCUGCCUGGCUCUCAUGCCACUGUCCGUGAAGGCUCUGGCCGAAGCCAGCGUGUCCAUGGCCCGUCUCAAGAAAAUAUUGCUGAUCCAGAAUCCAGAUCCCUAUUUGGUACAAAUGAAAGGUGGCGACGUGGCCAUUGAGAUGAUAAACGCUACCUUGUCCUGGAGCAAACCAGAGAUCCAGAGUGACUCCAGCCUACUCGGCGAGGACAACCAAGGGAUGGUGAUGGACGACGGAGAAAUUGAACUCAAGGCGGAUAAAAAAUCCAACUCUCAACCCACAUUGAGGAACAUUUCCUUCUCGCUACCCAAGGGCAAGUUGCUAGGUAUCUGCGGGAAUGUCGGAAGUGGGAAGUCCUCAGUGAUUUCGAGCAUUUUGGAGCAGAUGCACCUCCUGCAGGGGUCAGUCUCGGCCGACGGCACCUUUGCAUACGUUUCGCAGCAGGCGUGGAUCUUCCAUGGAACCGUUCAAGAAAACAUCCUGAUGGGGAGCCCGAUGGAUACGAACAGAUAUGAAAGAGUUUUGGACGGGUGCAGCCUUAGACCCGACCUGAAGAUACUCCCACAUGCCGAUCAAACAGAGAUCGGCGAGCGUGGGCUGAAUCUGUCGGGCGGCCAAAAGCAGAGAAUCAGCCUGGCUCGGGCCGUCUACGCCAACAAGGACAUCUUCCUGCUAGACGAUCCGCUCUCGGCUGUGGACGCCCACGUGGGCAAGCACAUCUUCGAGGAGUGCAUCAAGCGUCAGCUUCGGGGAAAGUCCAUCAUUCUUGUCACGCACCAGCUCCAGUAUCUAGAGUACUGCGACGACAUUCUGGUGCUGGAAAACGGCGAGGUCCAGGAGUCGGGGAACCACGAGGCGCUGAUCAAAGCCAAUGGACGCUACGCUCAGCUCAUCGGUGGCUACCAGGCAGAACAGGCCAAAACUGAGAAGGUAGAAGAGGAGGCUCCGCCCGUGAAGACGAUAGAGGUUGAGCUGAGAGAGCGGGCAAACAGCGGAAUCGUCAAUCCAGCCUUCGAGAUCGCAGACAUCGAUGAGGUGGCAGACGUGACCAGGCAAAAAUCAUGCCAGGGAAUUUCAUCAGAUAUUGGCGACCAGCUGGUCUGCAAGGAGUCCACUUCGAAGGGCGCCGUUUCUUGGAGGAUUUACGCACAGUACUGCAAGGCGGCAGGAGGUUACAUCAUCACCUUCCUCACCUUACUGAACCUGGUUCUGAUGAUCGGCUGCACGGCCUUCUGCAACUGGUGGCUCAGCUAUUGGCUCGGCCAGGGCAGCGGGUCAGCCAACGGGACCACACAAGAGAAGGGUGACAUUUCCAAGAACCCAGACCUGCAUUUCUACCAACUGGUCUACGGCAUGAUGGUGUUGGCCAUGAUGACCUUUGCCAUGAUCAAGUGCUUCGUCUACACCCAUGUCACCUUGAAUGCUGCCUGCCAUUUCCACGACACCAUGGUCAAGAAGGUAACAGGCAGUCCCAUGAGCUUCUUCGACACCACGCCGACAGGCCGCGUUCUCAACCGCUUCUCCAAAGACCAAGAGGAGCUGGAUAGCAUUCUCCCGGUUCACAUGGAUCCCUUCUUGCAGUUUUCUUUGCUGGUUACCUGCACAGUCGUCACCAUCUCCGCCGUCUUCCCAGCCAUGCUCAUCGCUGUGCUCAUCCUGGGACUUGUGUUUACCCUCAUGCUCUUCAUGUUCCAGAGAAGCAUCCAACUGAUGAAGAAGCUGGAGAACGUUAGUCGCUCUCCUUGCAUCUCCCUCACCACAUCCACUCUUCAAGGCCUCACCACCAUCCACGCCUACAACAUGAGAGACAGCCACAUCACACUGUUUAAGUACCUGAACGACGAGAACUCCAACCACUACUUGCUGUUUAACGCCGGGAUCCGCUGGUUGUCCUUCAAGCUUGACUUGAUGGCAGCAACGCUGGCUUUGUUCGUGGCGCUCUUUGUGGUUCUGAGUAGUAAUGACUACACCAGUCCGUCUUUGAAGGGCCUUGCUUUGUCUUACACCACACAGUUGACGGGCAUGCUACAGUAUGUGGUGAGGCAAUCUACAGAGGUGGAGGCCAGGUUCAACUCGGUGGAGAGGCUGCAAGAGUACAUCACGGGUUGUACGUCUGAGGGUCCCAGACGCAUGGAGAACGGUCAUAACCUGAAGAACUGGCCCACGGAUGGGUCCAUCACCUUUCGGGACUACAAAAUGAAGUACAGAGAGAACAUGCCCGUUGUCCUGGAUGGGCUGAACUUCCUCAUCCGAGCAGGAGAGAAACUGGGCAUCGUGGGAAGGACGGGUUCUGGUAAGUCCUCCCUAGGGGUGGCGCUGUUCCGACUUGUUGAGCCGGCGGCGGGUAGCAUCCUGAUAGACGGCGUUGACAUCUCCACCAUCGGUCUGCAAGAUCUGCGCAGCAAACUGUCCAUCAUCCCUCAGGACCCCGUCCUGUUCAUCGGCACAGUCAGACACAACCUGGACCCCUUUAACAGCUACAGCGACAGCGAGAUCUGGACAGCGCUGGAGAGGACCUACAUGAAGGACUCGAUCUCCAAACUGGAGGGUCAGCUUCAGGCGCCGGUGUUUGAGAACGGAGAGAACUUCUCAGUGGGAGAGCGACAGUUGAUGUGCAUGGCGAGAGCGCUGCUACGCAACUCCAAGAUCAUUCUUUUGGACGAGGCGACGGCCUCCAUCGAUUCCGAGACCGACGCCCUGAUCCAGACCACCAUCAGAGAUGCCUUCCAAGACUGCACCGUGCUCACCAUCGCUCACCGACUCAACACUGUAAUGCACGCCGACCGCAUUCUAGUCAUGGACAGCGGAAAGGUAGCAGAACUGGACGUUCCAGACGUGUUGUCAAAAAGGUCCGACUCGCUGUUCUCCUCGCUCCUGUCGGCCACAAGAACCGUGAGCGUGUCCAAGUGACAUUGAUGUACACCCAUUAUGUUUUUAUUCUUGUACUGGAUUUUGCACAUGUACCCACAGUAGUGAGCACUGAGGAAAUUCAUGUUUUACUGUUUUUUUACAGGGAAAGAGAAAUCAUGUGUAUUUAAAUAUUAUUAUUUAUUGAUUCACGUUUGAAUUGUAAUGACUUUUUCAAGCGAAUUGCAAAUUAGAUAUACACUGUUUUAUUUUUCAAUUCCUUCA